ACCCACCCACACCUGAGAAACCCCACCACGCCAUUCGUCUUCUGCUUCUUCCACCAAAUUUAUUUAUUCUUUUUUCUACAGAGCAUUUUCAAUAAUUAAACUUAAGCACCUGACUUUGAUGUGAAAACGACGCCGAAAGAGUCUUUUCUGUUAUCAUUACAAAAAAAAGUAAACCAGUUUUUCCCGGCGAUGCCGACGUCAGUAACGACGGCGCGACAAUGCUUGACGCCGGAAGCGGCAAAAGCGCUGGACGAUGCGGUGGCUGUGGCGAGGAGAAGGGGGCACGCCCAGACGACGUCGGUUCACAUGGCCUCCUCCCUCCUCUCCCUCCCUUCCUCUCCUCUCCGGGAAGCCUGCGCCCGCACGCGCAGCGCCGCGUACUCCGCGCGCGUGCAGUUCAAGGCGCUCGAGCUCUGCCUCGCGGUGUCUCUCGACCGGCUCCCGGCGUCCCCGUCUCCGGCCGACGAGCCGCCGGUGUCGAACUCCCUAAUGGCGGCCAUCAAGCGGUCUCAGGCGAACCAGAGGAGACAGCCGGAGAGUUAUACAUUCCAUCAGCCACAGAACUCGCCGCCGUCUUCUUGCUCGCCGGUGAUCAAGGUUGAGAUACAGAACAUGACGGUUUCCAUUCUCGAUGAUCCGGCGGUGAGCAGAGUGUUCGGAGAAGCCGGGUUUAUAAGCUGUGAUAUAAAGGUUGCUCUUUUAAGGCCUGUUCAUCAAUUCUUCCGAUAUUCAACUUACCAAGGCCAUCCAUCUCCUAUGUUUCUCUGUAAUUUAUCCCCGGAUUCCGAUUUGGGUCGGAAAUGUUUCACUUUCCCUUUCCUGGGAAACCCUGCAAUUUCAGAGGGAGACAAGAAUUGCAGGAGAAUCGGGGAAGUUCUUGAAAAGAAGAACAAGAAGAACCCAUUGUUAGUUGGGGUAUCUGCUCACAACACACUCAAGAAUUUCUUGGGAAUUUUGAAUAGGAGAGAAACCGGGCAAAUGCCAAUGAAAUUAUCCGGACUGAAAGUGGUCUGUUUCGAAACCGAGCUCUCGGGGUCCGUUAAUGGCGACUACGACGAAAGGAUGAUGAGAUUUAAGCUUGAGGGACUGAAAAGCCAAUGUAGAAAUCCCGAAGAAGGUGUUAUUGUCAAUUUCGGGGAUUUAAGUGUGUUGGCAGUUGAUGGAGUUUCCUCUGAGUUUCUGGUCAGGGAAAUGGGAAAUUUGGUGAAAGUUCAUCCGGAGAAUUUGUGGGUGAUUGGUUCGGUUGAACGGUACGAGGUUUACUUGAAAGUGUUGAACAGAUUCCCAUCCUUAGAGAAGGACUGGGAUUUGCAGCUCUUGACAAUCACAUAUGCAGAACCAUUCUUGGGAGAAUCAUCAUCAUAUCCCAAAUCCAGAUUGAUGGAAUCAUUCGUUCCACUUGGAGGAUUCUUUCCUGCAACAGCUUCUGGACAUGUCAAAGGGCCGCCGUUGAUGAGUAGCUCAAACCCAAGCACGCGGCGGUGCUUCCUCUGCAUCGAGAAGUGCAGGCAAGAAAUUAAUGCACUUUCCGGCGAGCACCACUCUAGUCUCCCUUCUUGGCUUCAAAACACCAAUAUAAUGGACUCUAUCGAGGCCAAAGACGAUAAGGUGUUACUGAGCGCUAGAAUUGAUGGGGUGAAUAAGAAAUGGGACUCUCUCUGUCACCGGCUUCACUACAAUCUCCCCACCGAUCAAUUCCCGCCCAUCGCCGGAGUCCAAGUCGCCGGCAAUGGCGAAACUGGCGUUUCCGCAUCGAAAGAAAGCGUUCUUUCAGACGUCAACAACAGCGCCACAGCCGUUCUGUCCAUGUUCGGCGAAACCCCGUCAAAUGAGCUUGACCCCGCGACUUCGUCGCCUUCCUCCGUCACUUCCGUGACAAUGGAUCUGGGCCUGCGUAUUUGCUCGGGAGAAUCGGAAAAGUCGAAAGGUGGCAUCUUUGACCGGAAAGAUUUCAAGAUUCUGUACGGAGCUCUGGUGGAGAGGGUUUGGUGGCAAGAAGAAGCUGUGAGAGUUGUGAGCCAGAGAAUAGCUCGGUGCAGAAGGGAUGUAUGGUUCCAUUUCGCCGGAGAAGAUGAGCUGGGGAAGAAGAAACUGGCUGUCGCCGUUUCCGAGAUUCUCUCCGGGACAACCCAGAGCUUGAUCUACGUGGAUCUCAGCUUCCCGGAACCUGCCGCCACCGCGAAAUCGCCGUUCGAUCUCCCUGUUUCGAACAGAUAUGACGUCACACUCAGAGGGAAAACCGCCGCCGACUUCAUCGCCGACAAGCUGUCGGAGAAUCCGAUGUCUGUUUUUUUUCUUGAAAACAUCGAGAAAGCCGAUCAUCUUCUCCAGAACAGCUUAUCGCGCGCUGUCAAGACGGGUAAAUUCUCAGAUUCACGCGGGAGAGACGUCAGCAUUAGUAAUGCAAUCUUUAUUACUGCUUGCGGUAACUCUUCUCAAGAAGAAAAAGGAGAUUUUUUUUCCUCUGCAAGAAUUUGGCCCUCAAUCGAGAUCCAGGUAGGAGUCGAUCUCGGGGACGGGCCAGACAGGUGGGACCCACCAAAAAAGCGGGUGAAACGGGCCCACAAUGGACGAAGCCCGUGCCCGGACUUGAACUUCCUUCCAGAAGAGAACAGGGAGGGCGAAGAAAGAAGCAAAGGUUUAGAGCCAUGGUUGGAAGAUUUCUUGAAAGGGGUUGACGAGACAGUGAUGUUUAAGUCCAUCGAUUUCGAUUCACAGGGGAAGAGAAUGUUGGAGGAGAUCGAACGGUGUUUCUCCGAGACGGUGGGACCGGAGUGUUCGAUGGAGGUGGAGCGAGAGGUGGUGGAGCGGAUUACCACGGCAGCGUGUUUAACAGAUAAUAAGAAGGUAGAAAAGUGGAUUAAGAGUGUGAUUAAGCAAGGAUUUAUGAAAGCUCAAGAGAAGUAUAGUUUGACUGCUCAUUCUAUUGUAAAGUUAAUUUCAGGAAGAUAUUCUGAAGUGUGGCAAAUUCUUCCUGAAAAUAUUACAUUGAUUUGAAUAGAACUCAUAGAGUAUUCAUUCUUUAUUAUGCACCAUUAUGGAAAAUGUAUUAUUUGUAGUCUAUUAAAAACACAUGUUUUAUUGGGUAGUUACAAGUAUAUAUUAUCAUUGGAAUAGUAAAUUUGUUUCGAAAUGUAAUUGUAAUAAGAUUUCUAAUGUUAU